GUGGUAAUUCUUGGGCGAUGACCGUGAUUACAACCAAGUCAUGGCAUUUGUUGCUCGGAUAGUGAUCGAGCGCGCUCAAGUUCAAUCCACUCCUCUAAAAGUUUGUCGUGAACACCGGCGAUCUGAACAUCUCAGUACAGAUGCUGCCUGGAGCAGGGCAGGCAGCCAAGCAGAUCCAAAUCUAGCAGCACUAAACAAAGGCAAUCAGCGGCGAGGCGCGCUUCCAAGCUCCCAACCAAGAUGGCGCCGCGGCUUCUCUUCCUCUUCCUCCUCCCGCUCCUCCUCGGCCCGGUUCUCGCCGAGGUCCCAGGCCACUACGCCGUCCGCUACGCUCGGCCGGGGGCCUUGGCCAAUGCGGCGGCGGUCCAGGAGUACCUCGACCCCACCUACCCGCUCCCGCCCCCUCCGCCCAUGGCGCCGACCUGCACCGUGCCGGUGCUCUCCCACUCCUUCGCCAACACCUACGGCGCCGCCCCGGCCACGGCCGCCUACGCGCCCCCGCCCGGGUGCCCCGCGCCCUGGUCCCAGGUCGUGCUCUCCUUCUCCGUCGAAAUCUCCGGCGACCAGUACGACCGCGUCGCCGCCGUCUGGCUCGACGGCGCCGAGCUCCUCCGCACCACCACCGCCGAGCCCACCCCGGACGGCAUCCGCUGGACCGUGCGCAAGGACGUCACCCGCUACUCCGCCCUCCUCCGCUCCCCGCCCGCCGGCGUCCUCUCGGUCAUGCUCGAGAACCUGGUCAACGACGUCUUCACCGGCCUCUACAACGUCACCGUCUCCCUCGAAUUCCACGGGACCCCUCCUUACCCCCUUAUCUCCGAGGUAACUCCCACCUCCUCCUCCUCCGACAAGCCGAAGCUGCCGGAAUCCUACUUCCAGGCGCCGGCCGACCUGAUCCUGCCGAUCUCGGAGGCCACCGGCGACAGCGGCUACUGGUUCCGCAUCCAGAACUCGUCCGACUCGCGCUCCAGCCUGCUCACCAUUCCGACGAGCACCUACCGGGCGGUGCUGGAGGUGUUCGUGUCCCCCCACUCCAACGACGAGUUCUGGUACUCCAACCCGCCGGACCUCUACAUCAAGGCCAACAACCUCAGCACGGGGAGGGGCAACGCGGCGUACCGCGAGGUGGUCGUGAGCGUGGACCGCCGCUUCGCCGGCUCCUUCGUGCCGUUCCCCGUCAUCUACACGGGCGGCAUCAACCCGCUCUACUGGCAGCCCGUGUCCGCGCUCGGCGCCUUCGACCUGCCCACCUACGACAUCGAGCUCACCCCGUUCCUCGGCCUCCUCGUCGACAACAAGACUCACCAGAUCGCCAUCAGCGUCGUGGACGGCAUCGCCGAGUGGCUCGUCGACGCCAACCUGCACCUCUGGCUCGACCCCAGCUGGCUGGAGGUGGAGGCGGCGCUCGGGCCGUACCAGACGCCGCGCCUGUCCAUCUCCCGCAGAUACACCACGCAGGCGCUGAACGGCAGCUUCAGCAUCAAGGCCAAGCGCAAGUCCUUCUUCACCGGCUGGGUCAGCUGCUCGCUCGGCAACCUCACCACCGAGGUGGCGACGGAGACGGAGGCCAAGAGCCUGGUGGAGUUCACCAACGACGGCACCAACAAGACCGUGCAGCUCAAGGUGGAGCGGGAGACGGAGGUGGUGGUCCGGUCGGAGAAGGGGAAGGAGAUGGGUAAGCUCACCACCGAGGCCGAGUACCCGCUCUCCUUCUACCUGGACACAGAGGACGCCGGUGAGGACGGCAUGUCCGUCAUGAAGGGCAGCCUGUCCCACACCCUCGACAUCCAGACCAAGGUGGAGUGCGGGGGCUUCGAGGGCGAGGCGCGGCUCGUCGACGAGCAGACGGCGGCGGGCUGGAUGCUCGUCAAGGACCACGACGUUGUCAACGGGACGGCCACCACGAGCCAGAGGUACCGUUACAGCGACGACCAGUGGGAGUACGAGCGGUCCAUCGACGCGGCGGACGGCGCCGUGCUCAGCGACAACGUCAGCGAGAAGUUCAGUCCCCCCGACGACCACCUCCGGGCCGCGGCGACCGCUUGCCUCCCUGGAACUGCAACGAGCUGCGACGGAACGGCGUCGGCGGCCGACAUUGCUGCCAUGUAAGCAGGCUUCCCUUGGAUCCCCCGCCUGGUGAGAAGCCUUGGCCAAGUCAAUUCUUGGGUUCCAACAGAUUUUGAGAGUUGGAUUAUCAGACGGUGCUUUUUUGUUCCUGUAUAUGUUCUCCUCCGUAUAGCUCAUGUGAAACGUAUGUACUUAGUUUUGUCAACGUCUAUAAUAAUACCGGUUUUCGGGAAUUUUCCUAGUUGUACUGCCUGUAUUUUU